AUGGAGUCGACCAACUCCACCGAAUGGGCCAACGUCCCCUUCUCCGACUCACCGUACGGCUACAUCUCCAACGUCAACCCUCUCCUCUACUCACCAACAAAUGCCCGCUUCGAAGAGAAUGGUUUCGCUCUCUUCCUCCUCCAAGCAGUCGUCAUCCUCGUCUUCUGCAAUGUAUUCGGAUACGCCUUCCAACGCUUGCUCGGUCAACCACGAGUCGUGGGCGACUUGCUUGCCGGAGUGGUGAUAGGUCCCACCGCGCUGGGAAAUGUACCUCUCUUCACUAGCACGGUCUUCCCUUCCGUACAGCGACCCGAGCUGAAUCUUGUCGCUCAGAUCGGGCUAGUCGUCUUCCUCUUCCUCGUUGGCCUCGAGACGGAUACGGACCUGAUGCUCGCACACUGGCAUAGCGUGCUGCUGAUCACUGUGCCUCCCUUUGCCCUCACUUUCGGCGUCUCGGUGGGGAUUGCUCACCUCUUCUGGCAAGAGCUCACCGAUGGUACCCAACCCUUCACUACCUUCUUCGUCUUUGUGGGCACCGUCAUGGCUGUCACGAGCUUGAGCGUGCUGAGUCGCAUCCUAUCCGAGAUGGGGCUGUUAAGCACUAAGAUGGGGGCGAUGAGUAUUGCAGCAGGGGCGGGGAAUGAUACGCUAGGUUACUGCCUCCUGGCAAUCGCAUCCGCUCUGGCUGGAGGCGGUCAACAGAUCUACGCCCUCUACCAACUCCUGGCCUUCACUGCCUGGCUACUCAUUCUCGUCUUCCUCUGGCGUCCCCUCCUGUUCCGCUGGCUCAAGGCUGCGGGAGUCAAUAACAUGGAGGCAAACAGUCACGACCAUGUCCCUCGCUUGCUCAUCGUUGCCGGAGUGCUCGGAGGACUCAUCAGUAGCUGCGUCAGCGAUAUGGUCGGGCUACACACGCUCGUGGGGGCCUUCUUCUACGGUGUCGCUAUUCCCCAUGGACGAUACGCUGUGGCCAUCACAGAGGCCGUCGAGACGCCCGUCACGUUGCUACUGCUACCACUCUACUUUGGUACUGUCGGACUCAAGAUCGAUUUCAAGACCCUCAACACAGGCCUAGUCUGGGGUCUCAUCAUCCUCCUCAUCUUCGUCAUCUUCCUCACCAAAGGCUCCUCUACGACAAUCUGCGCCCGUCUCUCUGGCCUGUCCUGGCGCCAAGCCAUGUGUGUAGGCGCGCUGAUGCAGUCAAAGGGUGUUAUCGAAGUCGUCAUUGGCGCCAUCGCACUCGAAGCGGGUGUCAUCGAUGUGCAGGUCUUCUCCGCCUUGUUCCUUGUCUUCUUGGCCACCACGAGCUUGGUGAGACCGUUGGCUAGGAUAAUCUAC